AUGGGUGGUGUAACGGUUUUACUGGCUGGAGACUUUAGGCAGACUCUACCAGUAGUACCAAAAGGGACCAGAACUGAUGAAGUCAAGUCAUGUCUUAAAAGAUCUACUUUAUGGCCUCAGAUUAAUAUACUCAAACUGUCAAAAAACAUGAGGGUAUACUUGGGAGAGGAAAAGUUUGCUGGUAGAUUUGCAGAUCUUUUACUUGAAAUUGGCAAUGAUAUUGCUCAUAUUCAUGAUAAGCCUAUGGAAUGGUUGUGUGAACGUGCUAUAGUCACUCCAAAAAAUAACCAAGCGGCGGCUAUCAAUGACACACUGCUGAUGUCUUUUGAAGGGGAAGAAAAACCAUAUCAUAAGCUUACUCUGCGUGUGGGCACACCUAUUAUGUUGUUGMGAAAUUUGAAACCACCUAAACUGUGCAACGGGACCAGGCUUAAAGUCAAAGCCUUACAUCGCAAUAUAGUAGAACAGUAG